GAGAAUAUGAAUAUGAUCAAAGUAAGCCCAAGGGAAGAUCCUAGAGGAACCAUUUGGGAUGAAAAGGGACGAGAUCAACUUGCUGGGAUUUAUGUUUUCUAUGACAAAUAUACAAUACAUGGACUUCAGUUCCUGUUCUAUGAGAAUGGUAGCUUAGUAAUGUCAAACAUACAUGGUGUUGAUAAUCGUGAAAACUUCCAUGCAAUCGUCUUUGAUUAUCCAUCAGAGUUUCUUACUUCGAUUAGUUGUUCUUUCUGCCACUUACCAUCGUUGGAAUCUAUAAAAUUUGGAACCAACAAGGUUUCAUAUGGACCAUUUGGGACUCCUUCUACUGAUGCCAAGGACUUCAACUUUCAGAUAGGAAAUCAUCUGCUUUUCGGUGGUUUUCAUGGUACCAAAAAUUGCUUUGGCAUUGGGAGUAUUGGGGUUUAUCUGAAGAACAUCCCAUCUUCAAUGACCAAUGUGAAAAAUCUACCAGUAAACCUUGAAAAGGAAGAAGAUUAACUCCAGAUACUUUCACCUUCUACCGCAAACGAUAUAGUUCGUCUUAAUUUACUAUAUGC